AUUGUUAGUGGGGCUGCUUGAUUUUCACACAAAUACAUAUUUCAAUAAAUAAAAAAAGUCUGCUCGGUUUAAAUAGCACAUGACCCCGCAAGUCAACAAGAUCCAUUUUGCUUCCUGAAAUCUUCGAAUUAUGUCUCCGUUUUGAACUAGGGAUUGAGAUGAUGAUUUAUGGGUAGCAAAAGCUUCAAGGUUGGUGGAAAAGCUAAUACUAGUGUUGGUGCUUCGAUGCCUAGCUUUGUUUCUCAGAUACCCAUCUCCAAUUCGAAUGGUGUAGAGAGUAACGCUGGUCAAUCCUCCCGAGUUUCUAAUUUCGGGUCGCCUGAACAGUCGCUUGGAUUGCGUGGAGUUUACAACUCCACAGCAUUGAUCGAUCAAUCUGUCCACUCUGAUCUCCAGUUUGCUACAUAUGAUAAGAUGUUACAAGGGCAAAAUAGUAAUCGUGAGGCCUGGUUAGAAUCUAAUAUUAUGGGAGAUGGAAGCCCACACACAGAUACUUCCACUGAAAUGGACCCUGAUGACAACAAUCAAAGCUUUGAUAUUGUUCCAUCUAAUCCGUUUAUGGCUUCUGGUUCUAGUGACAAACAAAAAGAAAAAUUUCCAGAACAAAAGACAUUAAGGCGAUUAGCUCAGAAUCGUGAGGCAGCCAGAAAGAGCAGGUUGAGGAAAAAGGCAUAUGUGCAACAAUUGGAAAAUAGUCGAUUGAAGCUAACUCAACUAGAGCAAGAGGUCCAACGAGCUCGAAAGCAGGGUGUUGUGAUUUCUAAUUCAAGUGAUCAAACGCAACCAAAUGGUGGGUCAUUGGCAUUUGUAGCAGAAUAUUCUCGGUGGUUGGAAGAGCAAAGCAAACACAUAAGUGAGCUAAGGACAGCUGUCACUUCACAUAGAAGUGACAAUGAGCUUCGUUCUUUAGUGGAAAAUGCCACCUCACAUUUCAAUGGUAUUUUUAGGCUCAAAAGAACUGCAGCAAAAGCCGAUGUUUUUCAUAUCAUUUAUGGAAUGUGGACAUCGCCUGCAGAACGUUGUUUUCUAUGGAUUGGUGGCUUCCGUUCUUCCGAAUUACUCAAGCUACUUGUGAGUCACUUAGAGCCACUAACAGAACAACAAUUGGCAAGCAUUGAUCAUUUACAACAAACAUCACUUCAAGCAGAAGAAGCUCUAUCACAAGGAAUGGAUGCAUUGCAGCAAUCUCUAGCCCAAACAUUGGCUAGUGAUGCACCCGUUGUGCCAGCUGGAUCUUCGGGUAUGGCUAACUACAUGGGUCAAAUGGCCAUGGCCAUGGGAAAACUCGGUUCUCUUGAAAAUUUUCUCCGCCAGGCGGAUCAUUUGAGGGAAAAGACGUUGCAACAAAUGCAUACGAUACUGACGACUCGGCAAUCGGCACGUGCGCUGCUUGCAAUUAAUGAUUACUUUUCUCGGCUUCGUGCUCUUAGUACACUUUGGCUUGCUCGCCCACAAGAGUGAGAAUGAAGGAAGUUGAUUUGUAAAAGUGAAAGGGAGUGUAAUUUUUAUGUACAGUUGUUUUUGUAAUUCUUAAUUCAAGUGUGGUUGUUUAAAGAUAGGUGACAUUGAUAUUGUUAGUGUUAAAGUAGGAGUAGCAAGAAAAUAAAGUGGAUUGUUUUUGUGAUUAUUAUGGAAGAAACAUGGUGGUUGUUAUAUUUACAACCCUUUAGAAGUA